AUGGCACCCAGUACACUCUUCCGUUCGGAAGAAAUGUCACUCAUUCAACUAUAUAUCCCUGCUGAAGUAGCUCAACCUUGCGUUGCAGAGUUGGGCGAACUUGGCAAGGUUCAGUUUAGAGAUCUUAAUCCCGAAGUAAAUGCUUUUCAGCGUUCAUUUGUAUCUGAAAUCAGAAGAUUAGAUGAGAUGGAGCGUCAAUGUAGAUUUUUCCAAACACAACUCGCCAAGUCUGAUAUCCAGGUUCGUCCUUUGACACCUGCAGCCUAUCGUUCUCGUGCUCGUUCAGCUCAGGAAGUCGAUGAUCUUGAAGAGAACCUCAAGGAGUACGAAGGACGCAUCUCCCAAAUGAACUCAUCCUAUGAAUCGCUCCAACGUCGCUAUCUUCAGUUGACUGAACUGCGUCAUGUUUUGAGAGAAUCUGCUGGUUUCUUUGAACAGGCUGAGUCAAGACAAGACACGAUUCGCAACUCGCUUGAUAUUCAAGACGAUUCUGCCCCUCUCUUGGAAAACGAUGUCGAGCAAAACAACUACGACUCUGAGAACCUGCAUCUUGGCUAUGUCACUGGUGUCAUUUCGCGUGCUCGUAUGCAGACAUUUGAGCGUGUUCUCUGGCGCUCUCUGCGUGGUAACUUGUACAUGAAAUCCGCUGAGAUUGAUGAACCCAUCGUAGAUCCCGAUACUGACAGUGUCGUCGACAAGAACGUCUUUUGCAUCUUUGCUCAUGGUACUGAGAUCAUUGCCAAAAUCAAAAAGAUCUCUGAGAGUUUGGGUGGCACCUUAUACACCAUUGACGAUUCUGCUGAUAAACGCCGUGAUUCUCUGUUGGAAGUGACAUCUCGUAUUGAGGACUUGAACAAUGUUUUAUCCACAACAAAUCAGACCCGUCGUUCAGAGUUGCUUAAGGUAUCCGAGAAUGUCACUGCUUGGACAACUAUUGUUCGUAAAGAAAAGGCUAUAUACCACACCAUGAACUUGUUCAACUAUGAUGUCAAUCGUAAAUGCCUCAUUGCUGAAGGAUGGUGUCCCACAAACGACAUUCCUCUGGUUCAACAAUCCUUGAAAGAAGCUACUGAUGCUUCUGGCACCAGUCUUCCCUCCAUCUUGACCGAGUUACAUACCAAAAAGACCCGCCCUACAUAUCAUCGCACAAACAAAUUUACUGAAGGUUUUCAAGGUAUCAUUGAUGCUUACGGUAUUGCCCGCUAUCGUGAAGUCAAUCCUGGCCUCUUUACCAUUGUCUCUUUCCCCUUCCUCUUUGCUAUGAUGUUUGGUGAUAUCGGUCAUGGUGCUCUCCUAUUCCUCACUGCCCUGUAUCUCUGUCUCAAUGAGAAGAAAUUGGCCUCUAACAAUGGCGAGAUUUUCAAAAUGUUCUUUGGUGGUCGUUAUAUGAUGUUGAUGAUGGGUCUUUUCUCCAUCUUCACUGGUGCAGUCUACAAUGAUAUCUUCUCCUUGUCAUUAAACGUCUUCAAGUCCGGCUUUGACUUGCCCUCCAACUACACUUCGUUCGAAUCUGUCGAAGCUUUACCCAACGGCAAUGUCUACACUUUUGGCUUUGAUCCCGCAUGGCAUGGCGCUGAAAACUUCUUGCUCUUCUCAAACUCUUACAAGAUGAAGCAAGCCAUUGUGAUUGGUGUCAUUCACAUGUCCUUUGCUGUCUGUUUGAACGUCUUUAACCAUAUUUAUUAUAAGCGCAAAGCCUUUGUCUGGCUCGAAUUCUUGCCUCAAAUUUUGUUCAUGGAAUCCAUCUUUGGCUAUUUGAUCUUCUGUAUCAUGUACAAGUGGAGUGUCAACUGGUGGGAGCUUGAUUCCAAUGGCCACCAUAUCCGCAACGCUCCUCCCAAUCUCUUGAACAUGCUGAUUUACAUGUUCUUGACCCCCGGAUCUGUCAACCCUGAAGAGCAACUUUAUCCUGGCCAAGGUCCUGUUCAGCUCUUCCUGAUCCUCCUUGCUGUCGUCUGUGUACCAUGGAUGUGGUUUGGUAAGCCCUUUUAUCUGAAAAGGGAGGCUAGCAAGCAUCAUUACGAGACAGUUGCUGGCGAUGAUAAUGCUGAUGAGGAAGAACAAGCCGUUGCAGGCACUUCCAGCGAAGAUGAUGAAGAAGAAGAAGAGUUUGAGUUUAGCGAAGUCAUGAUUCAUCAAACAAUCCAUACCAUUGAAUUCUGUCUCAACUGUAUUUCUAACACUGCCUCUUAUCUUCGUCUCUGGGCCUUGUCUCUUGCCCAUGCUCAAUUAUCAAGUGUGCUAUGGGACAUGACCCUCAAGAUUUGGUUCAACAUGACUGGUGCUAUUGCUGUCGUUGGCCUUGUCAUUGGUUUUGCCAUGUGGUUCACAUUGACUAUUGGUAUUCUAUUGUGUAUGGAAGGCCUUUCUGCUUUCCUUCACGCCCUUCGUUUGAUGUGGGUAGAGUUUGACGGUAAAUUCUACAAUGGUGAUGGUAUCAACUUUGAACCCUUCACAUUUGCUACAAUUUUGGAGCCUGCUAGCGAGUAG